AUGUCGGCCAUCCACAACAAUAUCGAUCUAGACGAGAUCUAUGCAUUUGCGGUACAGCUCGCCAAAGAUGCAGGCCAGAUGCUGUUCGAUGCCGCCACCUCUCGCUCAGGAACGAUCUCUCGGCAGACUCACGUUGAGAAGGAAUCCGCCGUCGAUCUAGUCACCCAGACUGACGAAGAUGUCGAGGCAUACAUUCGAAACAGUGUUCUAGCCAGAUACCCUUCUCACGCUUUCUGCGGCGAAGAGUCGUAUAGCAAGGGAGGGGCAAAGGACUACAUGAUACCAGAGAAUGGCCCUGCUUGGUGUGUUGAUCCGCUGGACGGGACUGUCAACUUCAUUCACCUCGCGCCAUUCUACUGCGUGUCCAUUGCAUUUAUUCUGGACGGGGUGCCCGUCAUUGGCGCCAUCAAUGCGCCUUUCCUACGACAACUGUUCACCGCCUGCCGUGGUAAAGGUGCAUGGCUCAACGAGACCACUCCGCUACCACUGGAUAGGACACCUAUACCUCCAAUGCCGCCGGGUGCGCCGAAAGGCUGCAUACUGUCGUGUGAGUGGGGCAAAGACAGAAGAGAUAUCCCCGAAGGUAAUCUGCAGCGCAAGAUCAAUAGCUUCCAAAACUUAGGUACGUGA